GAGCGCGCGCGCCGCCGCCGCCGGGCUCGGCAGGAGUUGCUGGUAGUGAGUGGGGUUUGAAGGUGAUGGCCUUGACUAAAGGCCUCCAGGCGGGGUCUCUCGCAGUUCCUGCAGUCGCUGCCGCGGCCUCCGUCCGCUCUUCGUCAUGAGAGGAGAUAGAGCCCUGAAGCAAAGAAAUCUGGAUCACAGAAAAAGUAUUCAAGGGUCAUGCAAGCCAACUGUAGCCAACUACACAGCCCUCCAGGAGCUGCAGGCAGUGAAGAUGCCUCAGCGACCCAAUGUGUGCAUACAAGAUUGACAGAAGGUUCUUGUCUUCAUUCUGGAGAUAUUCAUAUCCAGAUAAACUCCAUACCUAAAGAAUGUGCUGAAAAUCCAACCUCCAGAAAUAUAAGGUCAGGUGUCCAUAGCUGUACUCAUGGAUGUAUACAGAGUCGCUUACGGAGUCACUCCUACAAUGAAGCAAGGCAGCCUGAUGAUACUGCCACAGAGUCUGGAGAUCAUGGUAGUAGCUCCUUCUCAGAAUUCCGAUAUCUCUUCAAGUGGUUGCACAAAAGUCUUCCAUAUAUUUUGAUUCUGGGUGUCAAACUUGUUAUGCAGCAUAUAACAGGAAUUUCUCUUGGAAUUGGGCUGCUUACAACAUUUAUGUAUGCAAACAAAAGCAUUGUAAAUCAGGUUUUUCUAAGAGAAAGGUGCUCAAAGAUUCAGUGUGCUUGGUUACUGGUAUUCUUAGCAGGAUCUUCUGUUCUUUUAUAUUACACCUUUCAUUCUCAGUCACUUUAUUACAGCUUAAUUUUUUUAAAUCCUACCUUGGACCAUUCAAGCUUCUGGGAAGUACUUUGGAUUGUUGGAAUUACAGACUUCAUUCUGAAAUUCCUCUUCAUGGGCUUAAAAUGCCUUAUUUUGUUGAUGCCUUCUUUCAUCAUGCCUUUUAAAUCCAAGGGUUACUGGUAUAUGCUUUUAGAAGAAUCAUGCCAGUAUUACCGAACUUUUGUUCCCAUACCAGUUUGGUUUCGUUAUCUUAUAAGCUAUGGGGAGUUUGGUAAUGUAACUAGAUGGAGUCUUGGGAUAUUGCUGGCUUUACUCUACCUCAUACUAAAACUUUUGGAUUUCUUUGGAAAUCUGAGAACUUUCCGACGGGUUUUGCGAAUAUUUUUUACACGACCAAGUUAUGGAGUAGCUGCCAGCAAGAGACAGUGUUCAGAUGUGGAUGACAUUUGUUCAGUAUGUCAAGCUGAAUUUCAAAAACCAAUUCUGCUCAUCUGUCAGCAUAUAUUUUGUGAAGAAUGCAUUACCUUAUGGUUUAACAGAGAGAAAACAUGUCCACUGUGCCGAACUGUGAUCUCAGACCAUAUAAACAAAUGGAAAGAUGGAGCCACUUCAUCCCACUUUCAAAUAUAUUAAGUUGUAUAAACUAUAAAGGCCUCAAAACACUAAUUUCAUUUGGCUACACUGACUAUUGAUAAAUAAAGACAUUAGAAUGGGUUUUUGGGACUAGAAGUUAAAGAAAAUGUUUCCAUAUGGUUUUAGAUUACUAUAGUAAGACUUAAGUGUGUAGUCUAUUUUAUCAAAAGAUUAAAUGAAAGAACCUUAUGUUUUAUUUUUAUUUUUUAAGAACCUUAUGUUUUAAGAAAUAUAUAAGUAAUGUUCAACCUAAUGCAUAUGAACAUUUAUUCUGUCCUAAUUAUUUGGCAGGUGGUUGCAGUGUUAAAUUGUGACUGUUUUCUCAUUGUUACCAAAACAGCUAUUGGGUAACUGAAACUAGUGGUUUUAGAGGAACUCAGGUAUUCUUUUCCUGACAUUGUUUUCAGAAUAAAGAAUAUUUUUCAUAAUAUUUUAAGAUACACAUUAUCUGAAAGUAGAAUUUACUUUAGCAUUGACUUUUGUAGUUCCCAUUCUAAAAAUUCUUAAAAUUUUCAUAAAGUUUGUAUUUAAAAUGGAAGUUCUAAAUGCUAUUUUUUACCUGUAAACAGAUUUUCUAAGUGAAGAUUAAUUUACUGAGGAUGAUAUAUUUUAAUAUUGUAUUGUUCUCUGUAGUAUGAUUAGCAAUCAAUUGAGAGGAUUUAAAUUGUUUGUAGACCUCAGACAUACAAUCCUGCCGUCAGCUUUAAUGUACAUAAUCUUGCUUUUUGUAUAGUGCCAUGAACUAUCUUUAACUAUUAAAAUAAUUCACAUGGAUUACAAACAGCUGGCUUCACUGAGGAUUUGAAUAGUAUGAUAAAUGAAACCUACUCAAAUUCUUAGAAAAGAAUUUUCCUUAUAACCAAUCUUCUCCAAAGAGUUUUAGAAUCUUUAUGCUUGGGAGAUUAAAGCUUGCACUCAAAGGCUUUCAGAAAAGCCUUAGAUAGUGUAGUUUGUUUGCUUCUAGGCAUUUGUGCAGGGUUGAUUGGAAAAAGCAAUGAAGCAAUUUCUCUCUCCCCAUGAAACCUUUGAGGCAGAAUCAAAUCUUUAACAGAAGUAUAAAGGGCUGGUUACAUCUAGAGUCUAAGUUUCUGCCCAUUUUCUCUAUUACCAUUAGUUUACACACAAGGGUAAAAGUGGAAAGGAAAAGUUGGGAGAUGAAAAACAAAUCUGCAGUAUUAAGACAAAGUCUAAACCAGCAUCUGGAUUAAUAAGGAUAGUGACCAGCUACAGAUUAAAUCACUCAUGCUUGUAUAACCACCCAAGUUGACAAAAGAAUAUUAGAAAGCCAAUAACUAUUUUUUGUACAUAAAUAUUGCCAGGUUCUAAGUUCAGCUAUUGCUAUUCGAUGAGGAUACAUUGAACUCUAUUACCCACUUUGAGAACAGUUGCAAAUAUUGAAACAAGCUUACUUGGCCUUAAAUUACCUUGAUUGUGAUGAAGCCAAUUUUAUUUAAGUAUACAGCAGGAGAUAGGUGAGGAAGGCAGUUUGGGAUUAGAAUGAGUGUGGAGGUGCCUGGGUGGCUCAGGUGGUUGGGUCAGGUCAUGAUCCUGGGAUUGAGCCCUGCAUUGGGCUCCCUGCUUAGUGGGGAGCCUGUUUCUCCCACUCCCUCUGCUGCUCCCCCUACUUCCGCUCUCUUGCUCUGUCAAAUAAAUAAAAUCUUAAAAAAAAAAAAAAAACUGAGUGUGAAAGACAGCUGUGCUGAAUUCCUAUUACCAACACAAGAGUAGCAACUUACUACAUUACUAAGCCCUAUUCCUACUCUUACCCUAUGGCUAUAUGGAUAGCUUUGGUUCUUAAGAUUUAAUAAAACAGGAGGUCCAUGAUAUACAA